AUGCUUAAAGGUAUUUUAGCAAUGCUUUUUAUUCCAAAAGAUUCUUACGACAUAUUCUCAGUAUUAUCAAAAAAAACCAAGAUAUAUAUAAAGAGUUUAUCUUCACCCUUAUUAAUUCAUUAAACUAAAAAAAGAGACUUUAUAAGAUUGAUACUUGAAUUAAUGUAGAAGGUAGAACUAACUCUAAUGUAAAAAAAUGAUCAUAAGCUUUAAUAAUUACUAAGACCAAUUGUAAUGGUGGAUCCUUAAAAAAGAUAAGAAUUAAUGUUGAAUGAAAGGAGUGAGUUAGAAUCAUAAUUAAAAAAUACAAUAGAAUCUUGA